UUAUUUACGUGCUGUCGAUGAUUAAUUGAUCGCGAACUCGCGUCCACGAGCAAUAACUGUCGAGUGACCGUUGGAACAGCAAGUUCGAAAUGGUGUACGCGUGACAGACAAUAAGACGUUGUAUGAAGUGUGAACGAAAAUGUGGUGAAUGUCGACGUACAAAAUCGUUCGCGUUGGCUGUCGUCAUCGUCGUUCUAACCUAUUUCCCCGAAACAUUGUAUCUUACAUUCUGGAAUAUUCCGACGGGCUGUCAACGUUUGUUUCCCAACAGUGGUUCGGCAUGAUGCCAUGUUCCCGCAAACGCUGAGCACAGAAACGUGCAAAAUCGCGAGCAUGGCCGACGAGGUGCUGCCGGCGAGUUUGGAGAAACUCGAAAUUGAUCGUCUCUCGUCGAGCUGUCCUCACAUUACCACCACUGACACAGCGAAGUCACCGAAUAUGUUUAGAAGUACAAGUAAAAGUGUCGGGUCCGAUUGUAAUUAUCUGUUUCAAAGAAGAUCAAUGCCCAGUAGGCCAACGUUGACCUCGAUUGGCCCUAAGGGCAUAAAAAGCACAACGAACUUCAAACCAUCAAAGAAUGAAAGAGUACUUGAUAAGAAUAAGAAUUCGAUAAUCAAAGAGGCUGUUUUAAAGUUAAACGAUACCGGCACUAACUGUCUUAGUGAUAAUGUAGCAAGUACACUGAUUAAGGAGACAUGUAAAUUUAGUAUUCCCUGGAAGAACACAAAGGUUUUUGGUCAAGGGUCAGUGACAAAGGACUUUAAAACGCUAAACAUUAGUCAGGAUACUAGACAGGCUAAAGACGAUACUAGCAUCCAAGAUAAUUACCAGGCCAGUAGUUUUCAAAGAGCACGUAGCAAUACGAUGCCAAGCUUAAAAAGAGGGCCUGGUCCAGGUGGAGGCAGCACCAGCAGCAGCCAGUCGGAGACAAGUGGUUCGUCUGGUCAGCCUUCAAGUUCAAAUACAUGUUCGGUACAAGCGCGAAUAUCACCGCCCUCGUGCGACGUCACUAUCGAUGAACUUGCCAGCUACUUCGAGGAGUUUGUUCAUAUUCCAAAGAAGAUGUCGCACAUGGCAGAAAUGAUGUACAUUUAAUUGUAACGUGUUGAGUUACUGGCAGAUUUCUUAUACAGUUUUUCAAGGACUAGCAUGCAGCGUUUGU